AUGGAGACUGCUGAUUACCGUGGCGGGGUCGAUGCUAAGGACUUAAGCUUGGUCCCAGAUCUGAUGCUCCCGCCAAAAUUCAAAACCCCGGGGUUCGAAAAGUAUAACGGGACGAGCUGCCCUGAAGUUUAUAUUACGAUGUUCUGUCGAAGGAUGACAGGGUACGUUAACAAUGAUUAGCUGUUGAUCCACUGUUUCCAGGACAGUCUGAUCGGAUCUGCGGCCAAGUGGUAUAACCAGCUCAGCCGUGCCCAAAUUGGUUCGUGGAAGGACUUAGCUCAAGCUUUCAUGAAACAAUACGGUCACGUGACAGACAUAGCACCUGACAGAAUUACCCUACAAAACAUGAAAAAGAAGCCGAGUGAGAGCUUCAGACAGUAUGCACAACGAUGGAGGGAAAUGGCGAUGCAAGUCCAGCCACCCCUCUUGGAGAAGGAAACGACCAUAUUAUUUAUCAACACUCUAAAGGCCCCAUUCAUUAACCACAUGUUAGGAAGUGCUACUAAAAGCUUCUCAGACAUAGUAAUGUCCAGGGAGAUGAUAGAAAACGUGGUAAGAUGUGGGAAGAUUGAAGCGGGGGAAAAUGCCAAGAGAACGGCUCUAAGAAGGAAAGAAAGGUUCAUAAAGAUGGGCAUUGUGAAGUUCGAUGAUCCCACAAAAUCUAAUGUGGCAGGAAAUCUGUUACCCAGUCAUUCAGAUAAUGGGAAUUACGACUGCAACGUAAUGAUCCCGGGAGGGGAGAAUCCAGUUGGAACUUCGAAGAAAGGUCAAGACGAGAGUUUCUAUACACGCAGCGGAAGGCGUUAUACUCCGAACACAAAGGUAGAAUCAGCUAAAGGAAAAUCCGUGGUCGUUGAACAAGAAAAGAAAAAGACGACCAGACCUAAAUCACCCGUCAAUGAACCUGUAACUGAAAAAGAGGCUAAAGAAUUCUUAAAAUUCUUAAAACAUAGCGAGUACAGUGUUGCGGAGCAAUUGCACAAACAGCCAGCUCGCAUAUCCGUGCUAGCCUUGCUUUUGAGUUUAGAAACUCACCGAAGUGCAUUGAUGAAGGUUUUAAAUGAAACAUAUAUUGCGGAUGACAUCUCUGUCAACAAACUCGAUCGUCUGGUCAAUAACAUCAGCGCAGAUAAUUUUAUUUUCUUUAAUGAUGAUGAAAUACCACCGGGAGGCAUGGGAUCUACAAAGGCCCUACACAUUACCACUUGCUGCAAAGAAUACACAUUGCCGGGGGUAUUGAUUGAUAAUGGAUCGGCAUUGAAUGUCAUGCCCUUGUCCACGUUAAAUAGGUUGCCAGUGGAUAACUCUCACAUGAAGACAUGUCAAAACGUCGUAAGAGUAUUCGACGGUACGGAAAGAAAAGUGAUGGGAAGGAUCGAGAUACCUCUCUUGAUUGGCCCAAAUACAUAUGAGGUGGACUUCUUGGAAAUGGACAUCAAGCCAUCAUAUAAUUGCCUGUUGGGGAGACCGUGGAUUCACUCGGCGGGGGCAGUGCCAUCAUCCCUACACCAAAAGUUAAAGUUGGUAAAUGAGGGUAGGUUGGUAACGAUAAAUGCGGAGGAAGAUAUUAUUGCAUCUGUCACCAAUGACACACCGUACGUGGGUGCGGACGAUGAGGUGAUGGAAUGUUCCUUUCGAUCACUAGAAUUCGUCAAUGCUACAUUCAUUGUCGAAGGAAACAAGAUCUCAAUGCUCAAAAUAUCCAAAGCUACGAGGAUGGGCCUGCGACUGACGGUCGGCAAAGGAGCCCUUCCGAGAAGAGGACUUGGAAGGUGCCUCCAAGGAAGGAGCGAGAUACUAAUGCUAAAAGAAAAACGAGACCGCUUUGGCUUAGGAUUCAAGCCAGACGCGAAGCAAAAGAAGAAGGAGCUGGAAAAAAAGGCAAGAGAUGAGAAGAGCACGUCUGCGCGGUCUCUAGAUAUCAAUGAUAUGAGCAACGUUGCCAAUGACCCAGAGAUUCCUUUCGAGCAAGAUUUGUGUAUGGAGGACACUGAGAAUUUUGAAGAUGACCGAAAUUACAGCUUAUCUUCUGAUUUGUUAAGGAUGGUAGAUCAAGAGGAGAAACAAAUCCUACCUCAUAAGGAGUCAGUGGAAAUUGUUAGUUUAGGAGAAGGAAAAGAGGUGAAAAUUGGAGCUAGUAUCGCUGCAGAAACAAAGCAAGACAUUAUCGAGUUACUCUGGGAAUUCAAGGAUGUCUUCGCAUGGUCAUAUCAAGACAUGCCCGGAUUGAAUACUGAUAUCGUGGUACAUCGACUCCCCAUAAAGGAAGAAUGCAGGCCAGUACAACAGAAACUCCGAAGGAUGAGACCCGAUGUUUUGUUAAAGAUAAAGGAAGAGGCUAAAAAGCAAUUCGACGCCGGUUUCUUACAAGUGGUCAAGUACUCAGAAUGGGUAGCCAACAUAGUUCCAGUUCCUAAGAAAGAUGGUAAGGUACGGAUGUGCGUGGACUAUCGGGACUUGAAUAAAGCCAGCCCUAAAGACAAUUUUCCAUUGCCUCACAUUGAUACACUAGUGGACAACACAGCAGGUUACUCACUUUUCUCCUUCAUGGACGGCUUCUCGGGAUAUAACCAGAUAAAAAUGCAUCCUGAAGACAUGGAUACAACAUUUGUAACCAUGUGGGGAACGUUUUGUUAUAAAGUGAUGCCAUUCGGGUUAAAGAACGCAGGAGCAACAUAUCAGAGAGCCAUGGUAACUUUAUUCCAUGACAUGAUGCACAAGGAGAUCGAAGUUUACGUUGACGACAUGAUUGCAAAAUCCAAAACCAAGAAGGAGCAUGUGCAAGUCCCGAGGAAAAUAUUCUUGAGAUUAAGAAAGUUCCAACUAAAACUCAAUCCCGCAAAGUGCACAUUUGGGGCUAGGUCAGGAAAAUUGUUGGGAUUUGUAGUCAGCGAGAGGGGAAUCAAGAUUGACCCAGAUAAAGUCAAGGCUAUACAAGAAUUACCCCCACCACGCACUCAAAAAAAAGUUCGAGGCUUCCUAGGAAGAUUAAAUUACAUCGCCCGUUUCAUCUCACAACUAACGGAGAAAUGUGACCCUAUAUUUCGUCUCCUUAGGAAGCAUAAUCCAUGUGUUUGGGAUGAGGAGUGCGAGAAAAAUUUCGAUAAAGUCAAACAUUAUUUGUCCAGUGCCCCAGUACUGAUGCCACCUUGCCCGGAUAAACCACUGAUACUGUACUUGACAGUGUUUGAAAACUCCAUGGGAUGCGUGUUGGGCCAACAUGACGAGUCAGGAAGAAAAGAGAAAGCAAUAUACUAUCUCAGCAAGAAAUUCACCGAAUGUGAGACAAGAUAUUCGUCGAUCGAGAAGUUGUGUUGUGCUUUAAUUUGGACAACCCGAAGACUGAGACAAUACAUGUUGUACCACACAACUUGGCUUAUCUCGAAACUAGAUCCUUUGAAGUAUGUGAUGGAGUCAAAUGCUUUGAACGGAAGAAUGGCUCGUUGGCAAAUUUUGCUUUCUGAGUUUGACAUAGUCUACGUGAACCAAAAGGCUGUAAAGGGGAGUGCAAUAGCAGAUUUUCUGGCCAGUAGAGCUUUAGAAGAUUAUGAACCAUUGAGCUUUGACUUCCCAAAUGAAGACCUAAUGUAUGUUGCGACCACGGAAGAAGACUCUCAAGAAGGUCACCUGUGGAAAUUGAAUUUUGACGGAGCUUUAAAUGCUAUGGGUAACGGAAUCGGGGCAAUCUUGGUCCCAAACGGAGAUCAUUAUCCUUUCACCAGCAAACUGGAUUUUGAUUGCACAAACAAUAUGGCUGAAUACGAAGCAUGUAUCAUGGGAAUUCGUGCAGUAAUAGAACGUAAGAUUAAAGUGCUAGAGGUAUAUGGGGAUUCUGCAUUAGUGAUCUAUCAACUUAAAGGGGAAUGGGAGACAAGAGACCCUAAGCUGAUCAAUUAUCGAAGGCUAGUUCUUGAGUUAAUCGAGGAGUUUGACGAUAUCACUUUCUACUACCUUCCACGAGACGAAAACCAGAUGGCUGAUGCUUUGGCAACCUUAGCUUCUAUGAUCAAAGUGAAUAAACAAGAGGAUAUGAAGCCUAUCCAAAUGAUUAUUUAUGAGGCUCCGGCUCAUUGCUGCAACAUUGAAGAAGAAUAAGAGAAAGAUGAUCAUCCUUGGUACCAGGAUAUUUUACGAUAUGUGAAGAGUCGUGAAUACCCAGACCAAACCACUGAGAAUGAUAAAAGGACACUAAGAAGGCUGGCUAGUGGCUAUGUAUUGGAUAGAGAGAUCCUAUACAAAAGAAGGAAGAAUCAGGUACUCUUAAGAUGUGUAGAUAUUGUCGAGGCUAAGCAAAUCCUAGAAGAGGUUCAUGAGGGUGUCUGUGGAACACACGCUAAUGGUUUCACCAUGGCCAGACAGAUUAUGAGAUUUGGAUAUUAUUGGUCCACCAUGGAAGGAGAUUGCAUCAUCUAUGCCAAGAAGUGCCAUAAAUGCCAAAUUUAUGGAGAUAAAAUGCAUGUACUUCCUUCACCCAUUCAUGUCAUGACUUCUCCAUGGCCUUUCUCCAUGUGGGGCAUGGAUGUCAUUGGGCCGAUCUCACCAAAGGCAUCUAAUGGACACCGAUUCAUCUUUGCGGUUAUAGAUUACUUCACCAAGUGGGUAGAGGCUACUUCUUACGCCAACAUCACAAAGUCGGAAGUUAGUAAGUUCUUAAAGAAAGAGAUUAUAUGUCGAUAUGGGAUGCCUGAAAGAAUCAUAUCCGACAAUGCAUUGAACUUGAACAACAGCAUGAUAGCGGAAGUUUGUAGCCAUUUCAAGAUCAAACAUCAUAACUCGUCACCGUAUGGCCCAAAGAUGAAUGUUGCAGUCGAAGCAGCCAAUAAGAACAUCAAGAAGAUUAUAGGAAAAAUGACUGAGACCUAUAAAGAUUGGCACGAGAAAUUACCAUUUGCCCUAUACGCCUACCAGACGUCAGUCAGAACUUCUACCGGGGCAAGACCUUUUUCUUUAGUUUAUGGAAUGGAAGCGGUUCUGCCUAUUGAGAUCGAGAUUCCCUCUCUACGCGUACUUUCAGAACUAAAAUUAGAUGAAGCAGAAUGGAUCCAGUCUCGAUACGACCAGUUGAACUUGAUCGAAAAAAAAAGGCUAAAGGCUAUCCGUCAUGGUCAAAUGUAUCAAAAAAGAAUGACACGGGCUUAUAAUAAGAAGGUUCGCCCUAGAGAAUUUUAUGAAGGAGACCUCGUAUUGAAAAAGAUCCUCCCCAUACAAAAGGACUUCAGAGGGAAAUGGAUGCCGAAUUGGGAGGGACCUUAUGUGGUAAAGAAGGCUUUCUCUGGAGGAGCUUUAAUUUUGACCGAGAUGGAUGGUAAAAGCUUGCCUAAUCCUGUGAAUUCGGAUUUGGUCAAGAGGUAUUUUACCUAA